AUGUCCGAAGAAAACAAGGAAAAUAACCUUCGUCUAUGCGGCUUAUGUGAGAAAAACCCAAGUAAAUAUUGUUGUCCUCGUUGUAAUGUAUUUUAUUGUUGUCUUGACUGCUACAAAUCAGAUAAGCAUAUAGAAUGCUCUGAGAAUUUCUAUAAAGAGUGCAUUGACCAAGAACUAGCUUCGAAUUCAGUUGAUAUUGACUCUAAAAAUAGAAUGAUAGAUAUUCUUAAUCGAAUGAAUAAUGAAGAAGUAACCUCGGAUCAUGGAAGCAUAGACUCUGAUGACGAAAACCAUGAGGGUUUAGAAACGAGGCUACAGAACAUAAAUUUAGAUGAUGCAAAUUCUCUUUGGGAUGCACUGACUAAUGAUGAAAAAAAUGAGUUUCAUGCUCUCUUAAAUGGCACUGUCGGAGAAAUUGUUCCCCAUUGGGAGCCAUGGUGGAUGUAUAGAAGGGAGAAACGGCUGGUUGAGGAUAUACAGAAAGUUGAUGAGACAGAGUUUUUAAAGAAGUGUCCUGCCAUUAAAUCUGUGUCUAAGUUUAGCACAUUGACAAGUGUUAAACCAGCCCCAACAAUAAGAGUGAAUGUAAUAAAUGUGUUAGCAGCAUAUGCGUUUAUUAUGAGAUAUUAUAAUGGAGAUAUAGAUGCAAUAGAAGCUACAACAUGCUUAAUAAGCAUAUGCGAUAAUUUGAACAGUAAUGCUAACUUUGAUGACCCUGAUGUUGCUGUGGAGGCAGUCUCACAGAAAUGUUUACAGAGCAACCUUAUUGAGACAGAUGAAGAAAGCCUGGAAAUAAUGAGACAUGACACUUUUCUGUUAUAUCAAGGGCCAACAGAUGAUAAUUCACUGUUCUAUACAAAAUCUGCCAUAUCGGACCUCAUUAAAAUCUUCUCAGAGGCAAAAUCACAAUCAAGUAAACUAAAAUCUGAAAUCAAAAAAGACAGGAUUGAAGGAAAUUUCUCUAAGAAGUAUCCAGAACAUGAUAAAAGUCAUCUACCUCAACUAGAUGUUGGUAAAGUUAAGAAAUGUAUUAAGAAAUUAGAAUUUUAUUUAUCGUUCUUAAAUACAUGUGAUAAAUGA